AUGGGCAAGGUUUAUAAUCACCUCCAAUUUGUUCAUUCGUACUCGCUUCCGCCUUUUGUCGUUGCUGCUAUAGAGAUGCGCGACUCGGCUUCGCCGUCGAAUAGCUACAAGAGGGAUGAGUCUGUUCACUCAAGGGGUAGAAGUCGUUCAAGAUCAAGAUCCAGGUCACCAACUCCAAAAAGCUAUCGUCGGCGGAGAAGUAGGAGCAGUAGCCGCGAUUACAGGUCCCGUCGAGCGAGUGGUUACUCGAGUAGUUAUGGUUAUCGACGUGGACAGCCAAGGGACAACCCGGUCCCCUCUCGAUGCAUCGGUGUUUUUGGUUUGUCGUUGAGCACCACAGAAAGGGAUCUCUAUGACCUCUUUUCUCGCUAUGGAGAAGUGGAGGAUGUAACCAUCGUAUAUGACAACUUCACAGGCCACUCGAGAGGAUUCGGUUUCGUGUACAUGCGCCAUCUUUCUGAUGCAAAGGAGGCGAAACACGACGCCCAUGGCACCGAGCUUGACGGGCGCCCCAUUCGGGUAGAUUAUAGCGUUACUGAAAGACCCCAUUCUCCGACACCCGACGCUGCGGUGCUCGUCGGCGCACACCUUCACCAAGGCGUCGGUACUCACGUUCACGCUCUCGAAGCUAUGAUUAAGAAAACUUUUGCAUUUACUGUUUUACACCUACCACACUCAACUGAAUUUGUGCCGUAUAGGCGAGUUCUGCACAUCGCUAUACAGGUAACCACCAACACAGUGCUCCCACUCUGCCGUUAUGAAAAUCCGAAAAAUAAAUCCUUUGUUUUUGUACAACGCGAUAAUAUGAAUAGGAACGAGAAGAUCAGUAUAAUUUACGUAGAGGUGAAUGUGGAUGAAAUUAGCGAAUCGAACAUUCAUGAGAAUAAUUUGGCUACCGAAUAA